AUGGCCGUCGGUGCUGUAUUGCUAGGAUCGUGGGAAAACUGGCAGUUCUUCUCUGGCUUCUACUUCUCUUUUAUAACAAUGACAACAGUCGGCUUUGGUGACAUUGUGCCACUCAACCGAGAGUUCUAUCUACUUGACCUGUGCUAUAUUAUCAUUGGACUCGCCAUAACUUGGCAUACCAUAUAUUCGAACGAUUCCACUACUUUGGAGAGCACAAAGGAUGCUCGAUUCGCUCUAGUGAAUGUCGGCGGUAAAAUGGUCCAUGUACCGGAUUUGAUGCGAUAUGCGAGUGUUUUGCAGCAGAAAUACGGUCACAAGAAGCCACAUGACACCGUAAUUGUUAAAAGGAGCUUACGCACCCAAAGAUAUAAACAAAAUAGUGAAUUACAUACGUAUGAGGAUGUGACCUAG